UACUUCUUAUGAUGGAGGAGUAUCUGUUGAGAAUUCCUCUGGAUUUGAGAUAUUCUUCAUGUGCUGUUCAGUCAAAGAUGACUACUAGUGCAAAUGGUGAUCCACCAGAGGAAGAGCCUCUGUUUAAGGCUGUUACAGAUGCUAUAAAUGAAGAUGAUGUGCAUCAUGCUUUGAAGGAUAAUAUCUGUGAUGUAUUGAAUAGUGUGCUGAGUUGCACAUAUUCGAGAGCUCCUGGUGUACCUGAUUUCAACUGUUUUAGAAAUGAAACACUGAUAUUAGUGGUUGAAGCCAAACGGAACUGUGUAUUAGAAAGUAUGGGUAAUCAAACAUUGUCAGAGUUCUAUAAAAAAGAUAAAAAAGCCAAGACAAUUGUCCAACAAAUUUAUAACUAUAUGACGGGGAAUGAGUUAAAUUCGUCGGCAUCUCCAUUGGUGCUAAAGGCAUGGGCAUAUCUAGUGCAACGUGCUGAAAAGGACCAUUAUUCACCCAACACACUCCUUAUUAAUGUGAAGAACGAAUCGCAAUCUGGAAAUCAAAGUCAGGACACUACUACUACGCACCGUUAUAGUCUUAGGGACAGAACUUCUUCGAAAAGCACAAGCUCAAAAACAUCCC